UCAAGCCUCUGUUUCCCCUCCAGGCUCGCCCACGGUGACCUGCCAUGGCCUCCCCGGGGCCCCUGGGCGCCCCCGCGGCCCCAGCCCCUACCCCUGCACCAGGCGAUGACGACGGGACUGCAAAGUUCAUAAAGGAAGAGGGGCCCGAGCCGGGAAUGACCGGCACUGGGCCCCCCAGCUCGGAGCCCGACGGCCCCACCCCGGCCGGGGAGGGCUCAGCCUGCGGCAUGGUGGAGGAGCUGGAGCCUGAACGGAAGCGCAAGAAAGGCCCUGCGCCCAAGAUGCUGGGCCAUGAGCUGUGCCGGGUGUGCGGGGACAAGGCCUCGGGCUUCCACUACAACGUGCUCAGCUGCGAGGGCUGCAAAGGCUUCUUCAGGCGCAGCGUGGUGCAGGGGGGUGCCCGGCGCUACAGCUGCCGCGGGGGCGGGGCCUGUCACAUGGACGCCUUCAUGCGCAGGAAGUGCCAGGAGUGCCGCCUGCGCAAGUGCCGGGAGGCGGGCAUGAGGGAGCAGUGCGUCCUGUCGGAGGAGCAGAUCCGCAGGAAGAAGGUCCAGAAGCAGCAGCUGGCAGGGCCAGGGCUCAGCCCAGGGGCUGCAGCGGCUGCCCCCGGGCCCGCAGGGUCCCCGGUCACCUCCCCAGAGGAUGGGGCCGCCGCGGUGCAGCUCACACCGGACCAGAAGAUCAUGAUCCAGCAGCUGGUGGCGGCCCAGCUGCAGUGCAACAAGCGCUCCUUCUCUGACCAGCCCAAGGUCACGCCCUGGCCCCUGGGUGCCGACCCGCAGUCGAGGGACGCCCGGCAGCAGCGCUUCGCCCACUUCACGGAGCUGGCCAUCAUCUCGGUGCAGGAAAUCGUGGACUUCGCCAAGCAGGUGCCGGGCUUCCUGCAGCUCGGGCGCGAGGACCAGAUUGCGCUGCUCAAGGCCUCCACCAUCGAGAUCAUGCUGCUGGAGACGGCGCGGCGCUACAACCACGAGACUGAGUGUAUCACCUUCCUGAAGGACUUCACCUACAGCAAGGACGACUUCCACAGGGCGGGCCUGCAGGUGGAGUUCAUCAACCCCAUCUUCGAGUUCUCCCGGGCCAUGCGGCGCCUGGGCCUGGACGACGCCGAGUACGCCCUCCUCAUUGCCAUCAACAUCUUCUCUGCCGACCGGCCCAACGUGCAGGAGCCCGGCCGGGUGGAGGCCCUGCAGCAGCCCUACGUGGAAGCCCUGCUCUCCUACACCCGCAUCAAGAUGCCCCAGGUGGGGAGAGCCCCUGCCCGCCCC